AAAAUAGAACAUCCUAUGAGAAAUAUCUGAAAAUGCAAUGGCGAUAAGAAGCGUUUGAUUGACCUUCUUCGCGUUAUGAACGCAGGACUACAAAAACAACGCCUAAAACAUUCGUUCUCAACGAUUGUGCUGGAAGAAGGAAAGACGAAGCCAUGGAAAGUGUUCCAAACAGAGACGCGCCCGCUGAUACUAGCACCAAGUCAACACAGCAGCGUAAAGACACUCGCCGCCCCGACAUCGCCAUCUACAAACCUGGACAAUCACGUCUUGCAAAGAGAUCCGAAGACACUAGUCAUGCCAGUUCCGUUAAAAACACCAGCGGCGAUAAACAGUCGCAGGACACUGCUCAAGUUCAGAGUCAGAACCCAAAGCCAACACGGCAUGGCGAUAAAGGAGAGGGAAGAAAACAGUCAGCCCAACAUCAGCGUGGGAGGGAAAAGCAUGAGGGUCAUUCAACAGCGCACCGCGAUGACAGGAAGAAUACGUACCGAGAGCAGAGAUCAAAUAGAGAUGAUAGAAAAUAUUCAGAUAAUCAUGCUGAGAGGGGAUUCAGAGGCAACAGAGGCAGCCAGCAUUCAAAACCCAGACCGGAGCAGGACAGUCAUUUGGGGUGUGAGGAGGUGAAAGGGGAGAAGGGCAGUGGAGCAAAAGCAGCGGCCAAACCACCACAGGAGAGAAAUGCUGGAGUCAGUGUGGGACAUGAGGCCACUGGAAACACUAAACCAGAUAUGAUACCAGAGACCAAAUCAGUCGUUGGUGAACAGAAAAGAUGGCAAGGUCCACAGGGCAAACGAAAGAACGCUGAAUCGAACCAAAAUUCUGAACGGGGUACUGCUAGAAACACAGUUUCUGAAUCCUCUCAUGUCAAGCAAACAGAUGACCAAAGUGAAGCCGUCAAACAAAGUCACAACUGGUUGGGGAAACAAGAACAUCGGAACGGCCAAGCAGUAAAGAGGUCACAAAACAAUGAUAAACCUCCCUCAGACAAUCAUCGUGAAAAACAACCUAAUCAAGGUUCACGAAAAGGGUUACAUGGCAGCACACAACAUUCACACCGUGAAGGUGAGGCAAUGAGAUCCAGCAGCAAAUCCAGUGAAAAAAGUUCAAAUAAAUCAGCAAGGCAGAAGAAACCUGAGCGCUCCUUCUACGUGAGUCCAAAGUUGGCUGGUAGCCAAGGUCAGGAUGAGACACAGGUCACCGAAGAAGAACCAGGACCAUCAGAUUCCCAGAACUCUGGGAAACUCGCAAACCCAGUACCAGCCGAAGAUACAAUUCAGACGAUGGUCUUUACAUCCCGGAAAGUGCCAAACCAAAACUGGCAGCAGAGGACAAACGAUAGUGGUUCCAAGGACGCAAAGCUCCUGGAUUCUCACCAAGAAAAGUUCACCCUUGAGAAUAACAGGAAAGUACCACUGAAGUCGUUACUAGACCUUCAAGUGUCUCCUCCUGAUAAAGGAGUAACCUCAAAACCUCCUGCAACUGAAAAGAAGUCAGAAAAUGAAGGGAGGUCACACACGGCUGAGACGAGAUUCAAAGCUCCGUCAUCAAAAAGAUACUCAGCAAAACGAUCAAGACAGCGCUACAAUAGUGAAAGCUCCACUGGUAGUGAUAACAGUCAGUUCGUUGAUGCGGCCUACCCAAAGUCUGAAAACUCUGAGGACAGAGAACUGGCUCACACUGAAUCUAAGCUGCAGAGUCUUAGUCUCCAAGAUGAAUUCACCGGGUCUUAUGAGUCGGUCUCCAGCACAGACUCGGGCAAACAUCCUGGGACAGUGGCGUCACAAAAUAAAACGUCGCAGAAACAAAAUCAGAAAGAGCAGCUGGAUUCCAGAGCUGAGACAGAAUUUUGCAGAAGGGGACGAGAGAAAAGAGAGCCCGGAAAACAAGGUGGGGAGAGGGGAAAGCUCACAGUCACCUUUAAUAGUCAGGUCAGAGAAGUUAAGCUGUCACCAGAGGAAGAAAGAGAUGAUAGGCUGGCAGAGGAAUCACAGGAGUUGAGGUUUGGAGAAAGAAGGCAAGGUGGUCACAACCGUCACAGAGACAGGGAAUCACAAAGAACAUCAAGUGAAUCAGAGCAGCCCCAACCGGAAUCGGCAUCCAAGGGUGGCGGGCUGAUCCGGCUCCCUCCCAAACGCAGCGAUCCCAUCGCCAUCCACUCGCAGCCAACCAAUCAGCAGUCCGAACAGGGCUAUCGGCCCAUCGCUGACCGGUACUACACCCCUCAACAGAAACAGACCAAGGAAGAGCCCCGCCCCAAGGACCCUAGAGGUCGUCAUGGCAACCGCAGCCUCCUCUGGGAUCCCAACAAGCCACAGGAGAAGCCCGCUCUAGUAUCGUCCAAGAAGCCCGAGUCCGCAUCAUCAGACCUGCAUUUCUACGAUCCCGACUACAGCAGUGGUAGUCCACAGGAGCACGGAUCUGACCCGAGGGGUCAUUUCCAACCUCCCGGUUACGGAGCCUAUCAUCCUUCUGCUUAUCCUCCGAUGCAGAUGCAGCCUGCCAUGUACCCUCCCCAAGGGUUCUACCCUGCGAUGUCUUGGGCUGAGCAAGUAGAGGCUCACAGCCCAGACUCUCGCGUCCCAGAUCCAAGUCCUCCAACUCAGAUCACCAACUACCAGGGCAACUUCCCGCCUCUGGGAUCAUCCCCGGAUGUUCCCCCGAUGAUGGAAACGCCGUCUGGUGUUACAGCCCCUCCUCAAUCCCACUCCCAGUCAGUAGCGUUUAGGAUCCUCCAGGACACAGUGAGGUAUGAGCACAGCAUCAACAAUGCAGUGUCACGCCGCUUCCAUGGUGAUGAGAGUGUGCAGAAAAUCAUGAAACUCGGCCAGGAGCUGGAGCAUAUGUACGAGCAGGUGAUCCUGACAGACCUCGAAACAUGCAACAAGCACAACGUUGAGCAGCUGCUAUGGAAGACAGCCUACUACCAGCUGAUAGAGGCACUACGGAGGCAGGACGUGGAGGAACCGGGAGCGUACAAGACACAACUAGAACAGCUUCUUAAUCAUGGAAGUGAUUUCUAUGUGUCACUCUUGGACAAGCUACAGUCUGCUUACAACUUCAGGUUAGAUGCGCACACCGGGUUGGAUCCUCUGCAUGAAGAGCCCAGGAGAACGAUCAAGUUGGCUUUGCUGAGUGCUCAGCGAUGCAUGAUAUCAUUGGGUGAUAUUGCGAGGUAUAAAGAGCUGACCAACGACACCAACAACUUUGGGAAAGCAAGAAAUUGGUACUUGAAAGCACAGCGCCUUGCUCCAAGAAACGGCAGACCUUACAACCAGCUUGCCAUCCUAGCACUGUAUACUAGGAGGAAGUUGGAUGCAGUGUACUACUACAUGCGUAGCCUGGCAGCCAGUAACCCAUUCCUGACAGCUAGGGAGAGUCUUAUGUCACUCUUUGAGGAAGUCAGGAGAAAGGUGGAGCACAAAGAGAAGGCCCAGAUCCAGGCCAAGCAGGAGAAGGAUAGAGCCAGGGAGGAAGAGAGACGACGGCAGGGCAAGGAGCGAGGGGGCAGACGGGGCCGGCCUGGGGGAAAGGGUGACGAUGACAGCCAGGCGACUAGGAGGGAGAUAUGGAUCGCUAGCGACGGAAGCAGCCAUGAUGGAUCGGAGCUGGUUGACGCGGAGGAGGAGGAUGGGGAUGAGGAGGAGGCUGCUUUGAAGAGGAUAUCACCUGUUGAGAUCAACAAGAAGUUUGUGCUCAGCCUCCUCAAUGUCCACGGAAAGCUGUUCACCAAGAUAGGCAUGGAGCACUUUGGUUUCAUCACGGACAGACUCCUGAAGGAAUUCCGCAUCUUACUGACCCACACCCCAACCCCCCUGACCAGUACCAGGCUCAUACAGGCUAUGGCCAUCAACAUGUUUGCUGCACACAACACAGAAACCAAAGACCAGUCACCACGAGAGGACAUGCGUUCCUUGCUUCAGGAGCAAGCCAUCCAGCUGGGACUGGACAUGUUUGGUCUCCUAGUCAGCAGGUGUAACCAGCUACUUACAGAGCAUUUGAAGUCGGACACCCAGGGUCGUGUCUUGUUGAGCGAGGAUCUGUUGCAGCUCCUACCAGGUGUUAAGGUGUAUGUGGAUUGGCUGAUGUGCCACCCGCAGCUGUGGAAUCCCCCGCCCAGCUGCACGCAUGAACCUUACAGUGCCUCUGUUGACGUCUGGUCUUCUCUGGCCGACCUCCUGAACACGCUGAAGAGGAUUGAUACCAGUGUUGCGAAAUUUGUCAAGAAAACUGACGAAUCUGAGUGCCAGGAGAUAUUGCUUUCAGAGGAUGUACAGCUGUCUGGGUUUGUGCCACUCAUUGCUCUACCCUUACAACCCGUGUACGUUCCCAAAGAUACAAACAAGAUGGAAGCCAUGGACUGUGUUCGCAUCAACUCCCUUCUUCUCUUUGGCGAGUACGCCUACGGACAAGAGACCCCCCUACUGGCCUACGACGUGGCCAAGAAUUGCUACGUGUCGGACGCUCCUGAGCCCAUGGCCAAGGAAGAUGACGGAAAUAUGCCCAAUCAGGAGGAAGAUGAUGUCAUCGUUGAAGAGGAGUAUUAUGAAGAGGAAGAGGGGGAUUCUGGGAAGGAAGCAGAGGAUUCUGGGAGCAUUAGCGGGUUGAGACAGAAGAAGGAAGAUCUGGAAAGACGCUUGCAACAACAGCAACAGAAGCAAGCUCAGAUCAAGGCAACCAUGGAGAGCCAUCGUCAACAGCGAGGCCUAGAGUUGGAGAUUCGACCGGUGUACCUGGUGCCGGAUACCAACUGCUUCAUUGAUCACCUGACCAAGAUACAGGCCCUGCUGGCGUGUAGGAAGUACAAACUGGUCGUACCACUCGUGGUUAUCAAUGAGCUGGACGGUCUCGGCAAGGGCAGCCGGGACGAUUUACACGAUGACCCAAACCAAGCGUACCGAGUCCAGCAGGGGGCUGGGUCAGCCAUCCGAUGUCUGGAGGAGAAAUUUGAGCAGAGGAACAAGUAUCUCCGAGCCCUGACCAGCAAAGGAUCUGUCAUGGACACGAUAGCCUAUCGCAGCGAGGAGGUGGAUUUUAAGGGAUGCAAUGAUGAUCUCAUCUUGAAGUGUUGUCUACAUUAUGUUGACGAUCGGGCCAAGGACUUCAUGCCAACCACUAAAGAUGCUCCAAUUCGCCUAUACCGCGACGUCGUUCUUCUGACAAAUGACCGCAACCUACGAGUCAAAGCGCUCCAGCAGAACGUCCCAGUCAAAGACAUCACUGCCUUCGCAAAGUGGGCCAAGGUUUGAAGAAACACCCGAACCUGUCCGCAACGCUUGAAACGAGGAUCACCGCUGCACAGGGAUGCAACAAACGGCGCGAUGUAGAAAAGGGUUCAGGGUCCAUGUGAGGAAAAUCUAGUCUGGUCUAUCGUGGGCCCCCCAUGUUUAGAUUGAUAACCUUUGACCUUUGACAUGGUUACCACCUCAAAGCUCAUACAUAUUCAUGAAUGCUCAAGUCAAAAGGGUAUAAGGGUGCUGUUCAAACUGGUGAAAGGGUCUGAUCGUCAAGUUGUCUUUUGCCCGACUAUGUUUGAGGCACCAUGUUAUUGUGGGGAGUCGGAAAUGCAUUUUUCCCAACAUGUCCACAUGACAAUCAGGGCAGAAAGCAUCGCUUAAAGGGUUUGGUCACACAAAUUUGUAGAAGAACUGAAGUGCGCAUUGGUUUGGCACAUACGAUAGUUCAAGAAAACUGAUAAAACUGGAACAGUUUUGCUGAUGAUGGUAUAGACAGUACACCAUUGAGUUACUCCUGUAAUUAUUUUGAGAAUCCAGAGGCUUUGUGAGCAUCUUUACACGGUUGAUGCAGGGAUAAGUUGAUUUGAGAAUAGAAUUUGGAUAAUCGGUUGCCGUUAGUCAAAGCAUGUACAGAAUUAUUAGGAGCGCAUAAAAAGAUUGUAUAGGUCGACUUGUGUCGUUAGAAAUUCUGAAUGGCUUUUAAUUCAAUUGCGUGUGGUCUUCUAAUGAUCUGAAUCUGAACAUGUGCUGUAGAAAGAAAGUCAAUUGAUCAACGUGCUUUCUUAAUGAUUUUGUUUUCAAUCAUAUUUUAUUUUACAAUUGAUUUCUGAUCAGAUUUGUUUGUGAAUGCUGUUGCGACACAUCUACGUGCUUAAUUAUUUUUGGGAUUUUGUGUGUUGUAUUUUCGUAAUGGCGUAGAUUACUGGUUUUUCUAAAUUUGUCAUCAGAUGACAUUUUUAAUUAUUAGACACUGUUGUAAAAAAAUAAUUUCGUCACUCUUCCACGACAUGAACUAAGCCCAAUUUCGUGCCGCUGCUAAGCACAUGAUUUUGUGCUAACAGAGCCCCCAUCUAUUUCACGGAGGCCGUAAGCAGUAAGCACACAAAAGGCACGCUUACCUCAGAGGAAAAACGUUGCUUAAAUCUGUGACGUUACCAUAGAAAUCUCCAUGCACGCUCAACCGUUAUCACAUCCACGCCAUGAAAUAGUGCGUAAGGUUAGCAUAAGUGUUUGCUAUAGUAAUCACAACUUUUCUGCUAACUGUAAAGUAGUGCCAUGAAAUUGGGCCCUGGGAAAGGUUGGUCUUGUACCCUACCUCCAACAACAUGCUCUCACUUGGCAGUGUGAAGGAAGAAAACACGUAAUGCAAAUAAAACACUUGAAGCUA